AAUCAACCCACGUGGAUAUCGCCCUUCCUUAGCUCGUGUUAGUGACAAAACUCCCAGAGACGGAAUCGUUUGCGGCAAAACACGAAGAAACCAGAUAGCUUCCAAGACCAAAAGCCAAACUUCGAAAAAAAAAAAAAGAGAAAUAGCCAUGAAAUUAUUUGAUGCUCAUUGCCACCUUCAAGAUCCUAGAAUUCUCAACAAAGCACCCAAACUCAUUUCCACUGCUUUGGAUUCUGGGGUGCUUAAUUUUGCUGUUAAUGGUGUCUCUGAGAAAGAUUGGCAUUUGGUGAAAGAAAUGGGAGAUAAGUAUCCAUCUGUUAUUCCUUGCUUUGGGGUUCAUCCUUGGUAUGUUGCUGAGAGAAGUCCUAGUUGGUUCAUUACUCUCAAGGAAUUCUUCGAGACCACUCCUUCUGCUGCUGUUGGAGAGAUUGGUUUGGACAAAGGUUCAAAAGGAAGGGAGAUUGAUUUUAAUGAUCAGAUUGAAGUGUUUCGGCAACAGCUAGAGCUUGCAAAAGAGUUGAAAAAACCAGCAUCUGUCCAUUGUGUUCGUGCAUUUGGUGAUCUUCUUCAGAUAAUGAAGGACAUUGGGCCUUUACCAGGUGGUGUCAUUCUUCAUUCUUACCUAGGUUCUGCAGAGAUGGUCCCUGAAUUUGCCAAAUAUGGUGCUUACUUUUCAUUAUCAGGAUUCAUCAUGCCCAUGAAAGCACAAAAGGCCAAGAAAAUGCUUAAGGCGAUACCUUCUGAGAGGAUAUUAUUAGAGUCAGAUGCACCUGAUGCGCUGCCAAAUUCAGAGUUAGGCUCUUUAUUUAUGGUAGACGAAGAUCCUUCCCUCCCACAAGAAUUUUUUGCCCAAGGGAGAAGUUCUGCUUCAAAUGUUACCAUUCCUUUCUAUAAUCACUCCUUUGCUUCAAGAGAUAAUUCGACAUUGCCAAAAGAUAUGCUUAAUCAUCCAGCAAACAUUCAUAAUGUGGUUGAUUAUGUUGCGACUUUGCUGGAAAUUAGUAAAGAAGAACUUGCUGAGUUAAGCUACAGGAAUGCGGUUCAGUUGUUUUCUUAUCAAGGUUCAAAAGUUCCCUUGCAAUGAUAAUUCAACGUCUUUUACCUUUUUCAUCGUUGGGAACACGGUUACCUACCAUUUUGUGUACCUUGCAAAUGUGAAAAAUCUAUAAGUAACCCUUACGUAGAUCCUCGUAUAUAUGUUUCUGACUAUUUUAUGUACCUUGCAAAUGUGAAAAAUUUAUAAAUAAUAUCUAUAUUUGUUUAUU